UUCAUCACCCUCCCUUUUUUCUCUCUCUGCCAUUUGAUUCCAAACUAACUUUCAUAAUCCCUCUUCACAUAACACCUAAUCCUAAGUAAAUUCCAUUUUAUCCACUCUUAAUCCCACAAUUCUUCAAACAAAGAUCACUUUUUUCCCUAUAUAAGCACAAAAAAGUGAUCUUUUUGUGUUUUUCUUGUUCUGGGUUUAUAGUGUUUUUGGAUCACUUUGAUUCUUUCUUGUCAAAAAUUGAUCUUUGGGUAUUUUCUUGAUUUGGGUCUUUAGUAUUUUUGAUUGAAAAGCAAAAGCAAAAAUAAAAAUAAAAAAUGGUAGUGAAAAUGAUGAAGUGGAGGCCAUGGCCACCACUAUCAUCCAAGAAAAUUGAGGCUAAGAUAAUUGUUAAUUGUCUUAAAGAUUUCAACUUUAUGUCAAAUGUGCAAAUGGGGUUCCAAGAUUUUGAAAAAUUAAGAGUUGAAAUUAAGUGGAAAGGCUCAAAGAGUAGUUCUUUGAAUUUGAGCUCUCUUACAAGGAGAAGUAGUAGUGUAAAGAAGAAUUUUACAAAGGAAGAGUCUUUAAAGGAAAAUGGUGUUGUUGAAUGGAAUGAGGAGUUUCAGAGUGUUUGUAACUUUUCAGCUAAUAAAGAUGGUGUGUUUCAUCCUUGGGAGGUUGCUUUUACUGUGUUCAAUGGUACAAGCAGAGGACCAGAUCAAAAGGUAAACAUACUUGCUGCAGCGUCAUUGAACCUUGCAGACUUUGCUUCUCUAGCUAGGGACAAAGAAGACGGCAUUGAAAUUGCAAUUCCUUUGGAAGCCUCUAUUGGCAGCUUCAAAAGUUGCGUUUCACUCUGUGUAAGAGAAACUAGAACAUACCUUUUGCUUGCUCUCCUCUAUUAG